GAAAAAAAGAAAACAUGGCUGCGCCCCUACGAGUCGAUGCAUUUCUCUCGAUUUUAAGCGUUUAAUGUCCGCUUUCUGAACGAUCGUAUUUGCCAUGGAGACGUUGGAGGAAGUGCUGCCAUCUGCCGAGGAAAAAGAGAUGGAGGAGAAGGAGGAAAAGAUUGAGGAGGAGAAGGGGGAAGAGAAGGAGAUUCAGGAGGAGAAAGAGAUUGAGAUGAAGCAAGAGAUUGAUAUGGAGGAAGAGAUUGAGAAGGAAAAGGAGAUUGAGGAGAAGGGAGAGGACGAUGCUGUAACAAAAGAUGCUGCUGCAGUUGAGGAGUUGGAGAAAGAAGAGGAGGGCAAAGAACAAGGAGGUGGGGAUAAACCAGAAGACCCAGUGAUCCCCAAGGCAGCCGGAAAAAAAGUUGGCAAAAAGAAAAACCCGUUUCCUAACAAACCCAAGGAGAAAAAGCCCGACCAGGGCCUGAACCUCAACAACGAGGUGGUGAUGAUGAGGAAGGAGGUGAAGAGGGUGCGGGCUCUGAUCAUCAGGAAGCUGGCGCGACAGAGCGUCGCCCUGAAGAAGAAGAAGGGCAAGGAGCUGGAGGUGGAGAGCAACCAGAGGAGAGCCGUCCGGCUGCUGGAGGAGAUCCACGCCAUGAAGACCCUCUCGCCCGACCUGGUGUCCAAGACGGCCUUGCAGGAGACUCUCCACUUCGACCAGGUGUGCAGAAACCCCAAGUCCACUGCCUCCGACCGGGCCAUCGCGCGCAUCGCCACUCACCCCCAGUUCAACAAGAAGAUCGAGGACCUCAAGGCUGCCGUGAAAGUCUUCAAAGAGGAGCGGAUGAAGGCCGCGAAGCUGGAGGAGGAGGAGAAGGCGCGAAUGAAAGGUGGGAAUGUGACUCCACGGUCCUCGGCCAAGAAGGGGGAGAGGGAGGAAGAGGAAGAAGAAGAAGAAGGUGUUGCGGUGGAGCAGGAGCUCCUAGACGACGAGGAAGAUGACGACGGUCUCCUUGAAAAGGAAAAGGGGAAAGAAAUGCCAGAGGUUAGGAAUGUGAGAGCAGCGUCGGUAAAGGGGAGCGAAGUAAAGGACGUCGUGGAAAAUAAACCUCAAGCCGAAAAGAAACCCAUUCUUCAGUCUGUGCCAGUGGUGCUCCAGAAAGAGGAGGAGGAGGAGGAAGAGGGCGAUCUGGAGUCAGACGGUGAGGAGGAAGACGAACCCCAAGCUAAACGAGACGAAGAUAAACCUGAUGUUAAGUCUGCGCCAGAAGUGCUCCAGAGAAAUAGGCACGAGGAAGAAGAAGAAGAAGAAGAGCGUGAUUUGGAGUCAGACGGUGAGAAGGGAGAUGAACCCCAAGCCAAAAAGACUCCCGAUCUUAAGUCUGUGCCAGAAGUGCACCAGAAAAAGAUGGAGGAGGAAGAGGAAGAGAGUGAUUUGGCGUCUGCCGGUGAGAAAAAAGAUAAACCCCAAGCUGAAAAGAAACCCGUUCUUAAGUCUGUGGCAGAAGUGCUCCGGAAAAAGAAGGACGAGGAAGAAGAACAAGAAGAAGAGAGCGAUUUGGAGUCUGCCGGCGAGGAGAAAGAGUACUUUGACGACAGCACCGAGGAACGCUUCCUCAAGCAGUCCUCCCAGUCCGAGGGGAGCGACGACGACGACGACGGCUUCUUUGUUGGAAAAGUGAGCAAAUGCAAGAAGAAGAAGAAGAAGAAGAAGCAGCAAGAUGGUGGCGAAGAGCACGCGGCCACGAAGGAGCGCGAAGGGACCAGCGCGGACACGUUCCAGGGUGAACUCGACGAGCUCGAGUCCAGGCUGAAGUCCAAGGGGAAAUCGCUUCAGUCGGUCUUUUGUUCUUCCCUCUCUUCGUCGAGGCCCGGCGGCGGCGGUAGAGGGAGGGGCGGCCGAGGGAGGCCGAGGGGCGGCGGGGGUCCGGACGGGGAUUUCGGCCGACAACCCAGGUUCCAGAAGCAGGAGAGAGAGUCCUUUCCCUCCUUCGGCAGAGAGAGGGGGAGGGGGAGGGGCCGAGGCAUGAGGCAAAACGAUCGCAGGGGCGGCGGCGGCAGGGGCGGCUUUACCCGGCAGGAACCAGAACAAGCGCUGCAUCCAUCUUGGGAGGCCAGUAAGAAAAGGAAGGAGCAGCAAGGACAAAUCCUGGCCUUCCAGGGGAAGAAGAUCAAGUUUGACCUCGACGACUGAACCGGUUUGUUUCGUAACGCCGACGACGCCCCGCGUUCGGAGCGGUCCUUGUUAUCCGGCGCUCUAAGCGAGGUGAAACGGCGUCGCUUAACGUGUUUGGUGGUAACUGCUUCUUCAUCCUCGUGGCGGGACGACAAACAUGAAGAUGUGUGUUGUGUUCAGAUAUCAAGAGAAAUGUGUUUUCAAUCUGAACUGUGAAAAUGCCUCACCUGGAGAUUUACUAGUUAACAACCAGAGCAGUUGUUUGUAAGGAUGCCAAUUCUGUUAAAAAUGCAUUUCAGAUGCGAUACGUUUCUCUUUAAAAGAAAAUGUUUUUGUGAGAAAAAUAAUUUAUACACCUGUACACUAUUCCACUGCUUUGUCCUAAAUUGUAUAGUACACAAUGUAUGCAAGUGAUGGACUUAAACUGAAUGACUUUACCCUGUUUGUGUCCCUCACCAACAUGUGUGUUUAAACAAUAUAAAGUUUAUAUACAGUUUUAAUGUA